GCCAGCGUUGCUGCGGUGGGUUGCAUGGUUUGCGUUCGCGUUCUCCCCUCCCACCGUCAGCAGCAGCGGAGCACGGCCACUAGCCUGGGGAUCAGCCGCCGCAUUGCAAUCUCUGGCGGGCCCUCUUCGGGUGAUCAGCCGCAAGCGCCGGAGGGUCUCCCUUUGUUAGGUUGGUCAAAAUGGCAAAGGAUCUGGUGGCAGAGAGCAAGGAGACACCACCAUUUGCAAAUGCAAGCACUGAAGUUAUUCUCAUGCAUCAAGUGGCUCAGGAAGCCAGUAUUUUGGACUGCAAAGCUGCUGAUGGUAAUACACUAACAGAAGAGACUGUUCUGUUGAACAGCUGUGGGCAACAACCUCAAGAGCCUCUGGAUGAGACAAAGACAUCAGGGAAACUGAGGCAAAUAUGUCCCUGUCCUCCGCACGGCAUCGUUGCCAGAACAGUAACCAAUGUGGCAGCAAUAGUGCUGGUCUGGGCUGCGGUCUGGUCUAUCACAGGCCACGAGUGCCUUCCUGGUGGGAACCUGUUUGGAAUUCUAUUCCUCUUCCUUUUUGCUGUAAUUGGUGGUAAACUUAUGAGCAUUAUUAAACUACCUGGCCUGCCUCCGCUCCCUCCACUUCUGGGUAUGCUGCUUGUUGGAUUUCUUCUCAGAAAUGUCCCACUAAUCAGUGACAUAGUCCGGAUCGAUGUGAAAUGGUCAGCUGCCCUGAGAAACACUGCCCUCUCCAUUAUCUUGGCCCGUGCUGGACUUGGCCUUGACCCAAAGGCUCUGAAAAAAUUAAAGGCUGUCUGCUUAAGAUUAAGCUUGGGGCCCUGCAUCGUUGAAGCAUGUGCGGCAGCUGUCUUGUCUCACUUUCUCAUGCACCUGCCUUGGCAGUGGGGAUUUAUGUUAGGAUUUGUUCUAGGUGCUGUAUCUCCUGCUGUUGUGGUUCCAUCUAUGCUGAUUUUACAGGUGGGAGGAUACGGUGUUGACAAGGGUGUCCCAACCUUACUAAUAGCUGCUGGAAGCUUUGAUGACAUCCUGGCUAUUACAGGUUUCAAUACCUGCUUGGGGAUGGCCUUCUCCUCAGGCUCCACCCUCAACAACAUCCUUCGUGGAGUGUUGGAAGUUGCCAUUGGUGUAGCAGCUGGUGGCCUUUUAGGAAUUUUCAUUCGCUAUUUUCCAAGCAAGGAUCAGGCAUCCCUUGUAUGGAAGAGAGCAUUUUUUGUGAUGGGCCUGUCUGUGUUUGCUGUUUUUGGCAGCAUGUAUUUUGGUUUCCCUGGAUCUGGAGGGCUCUGCACAAUUGUCUUGGCAUUUCUGGCUGGUAUGGCAUGGUCUGAAGAGAAGAGGGAGGUGGAAGAAAUUGUUGCAGGUGCCUGGGAAAUCUUCCAACCCUUUCUCUUUGGUUUAAUUGGAGCUGAAAUAUCUAUUGCAUCUCUCGGACUUGAAACAGUUGGGCUUUGUGUGGCCACACUAGGUGCUGCACUGAUAGCCCGAAUUGUGGCCACAUUCCUGUUGGUGUGUUAUGCUGGCUUUGACCUCAAGGAGAAAAUAUUUAUUUCACUGGCAUGGAUCCCCAAAGCAACCGUUCAGGCUGCAGUUGGUUCUGUUGCAUUAGAUACAGCGCGAAGUCAAGAUGAAAAGUUCAUGGAGAUGAAAUAUGGCAUGGAUGUCUUGACAGUGGCUUUUCUGGCAAUCCUGAUUACAGCUCCAAUUGGAGCUCUGAUAAUUGGCCUAGCAGGGCCCUGACUUCUCCAGAAAGCUACUGAUACAAACAGUGACAAUCUUGGACAUAAAGGAAAAGAAGAAAUGGAAACAUCUGGAGCAAUAUAAGGAAGUGUCAGAGAAUAGCCCCAAAGUCACACAAAUUGGUAUGCUAGGCUGUCUGGUGUCACAGUGCCCAGUAGUGGCCUGCAGAAGUCUGACGUCCUAUGAAAUAUAUUGCAUAUCCUGCUAAAGCAGCAGCCCAAGGACUGAGAGAAAAACAUGAUUGAAUAAAAUCAGCAUCUAAGUUUCUCUUCAUCCUUGACAUGGAUGUUCUGGUGCGAUCACAAGCAAAAUGCAUAAUGUGGGCAUACCACUUGGCUGCUGAAAUAUACUUCGUUGUCUGGUUUGGAGAUACAAGUACCGGCAGGAGAAGAUACCAUUUGAGGAGGUUCCUAAGUGUUAAUAAAGUCCUGGAGCAGAGAUAUGCAGGAUCAAAACCGGAAGCAAAUAUCCAAAAGUGAAAUCAUAGAUUUUGACAACAGCUGGUAAAAGCCCAACUUUGAUAAUUCAUUUUCAGACCAGGGGUUGCCAACCUUUUAGGACCAGAGGGCACAGGUAAAAUUUUGAGAGAGUGCUGUAGGCAAGUCUAGUUUCUGCUGCUCCCUCCCCCUCCAGAAAGCCACAUGCUUGCUGUGUGAUGUCAGCUAUGUCCUACUGGUCCUGAUUGUGACAAUCACAAAAUAUUGAUUCCUCACUUUCUCUACCCAAGUGUACCUGUCCUUCCAUCACAGACUGUACCUACGUACCUCCCCUCCCUCCUCCAUACAUGUCUGUCUCACUGAUACACACCACUGCAUCUCUAUCUCUCUGCCCAAGUGCAUCACUUUGAAACACACACACACACACAGAGAAUUAGUAUACCCUAGUACCUGUCCCACAUUCAGAAAAGCCCCUCCAUGGGUAAAGGAAAUGCCUGCCAUUUGAUAAACAAAUAAAUACAAAUCCCCCUCUCAAUACAUGAGGGUCACUAAUCUGGUGCUCAUGUGCACCAUGGCAUCUGCAGGCACAGAGUUGGCAAUUCUUAAGGUAGGCAGUAUGUGCCAACACUGGAUGUGCCCAGUCUUUGGAACAAUUUUCCACCAUCUGAUGUUUCUUUUUCCUUCUUGCAUCUUAAAACAGAAAGUGCUUAAUUCAGAAUUUCAUCUGAAUAAAAUCUUGCAGUUUAAUCCUACACAUAUCUACUCAAAGUAAACCCCAUUGAGUUUAAUGGGACUGACUCCUAGGUACAUCUGUACACAGUUGAAGCUUUACUCUAUUUGAUUACUUGAAAAACUGCAUAGAUGUCCUAACGGAACUGCUGUUUUGUUUUUAGAUGGUGCAACAGGCACAAUCUUAUUCCCCAUUCUCUCACAUACAAGACAGAAUGCCCCCCCCUUGGUAUCAUGGGUACCUUGUUAGUCAAUGUGAAAUAUGAACAUUAGUAGCAGCAAAAAUAUGUGUGGCCAGUAUGGAAGGAAACUAAUGUUCCAAUGAUUAAAAUUGAAUGACCAGAUUACAAGUUAUGUAAAAGCAAUGACUAAUGAAAUAAAUUGUGUUCUUUUUAUUUAUUUUUUAGAAAGAUCUAUUGCCUGGAAACGACAAGUGUUCAAGUGGAAAUAUACUUUGCAGCAAUGUAAUUUUUUACUAUUAUUUCUAUGUCUACUUGGUAGUAAAAUAUUAAAAACAAUUUUACUACUUUGGCACAGGCUAAACCAUUUCAAUCUCAUAUCACUUUCACUUCCAAGGAAAAUCUUACAUGCUCAGUGCAGCAUGCAACACCCCUUAGUUCAUAAUAAUGAUAGUCUACAUUGCUUAAUGAAAAUCAUUUUAUUAUAACAGCUGUUUUUAUUUGAAUAAGUUUCACAAUAAAGUACUGUAUUUUGUUUAAAACAAAAAGCCCCAAAACUUGUUCACUCACAAAUGUAAGAAAUGCAAAAAUACAAAAUUACCCAAAAUAAACGUCCCUUCCCCCGUUCCAACAGGUUGUUCUGUAUGGUGGUCACUUUUUCCAGGUUGUCCAACCUCCCAAAAAUAACUCAAACGGCAAAGGAGAAAAAUGCCUUUUUAAAGUUUGUGGCCCUAACUAGUUACGCAUUGGCCAGCUUACAUGUACUGUCCCCCUGCUUCUCAAGGUGCCUCAGCAUAGCUUAAUAUCCCCUCCAGGGUGGCCUUUGUUGGUUCUACAGAGCUUAUUGGAUCUGUUUGGUUACCCACAUGCUUUCUGGCCUUGCCCAUAGAAGCAGAAAGCCAUGGCUCAUCAAUAUCUGCAAAGCUUUGGAAAAAGUCUCACAUUAUGACUUUUGCACUGUCUCCAAGAACCUUCUUUAACAGUAAUACAUUAUAUAGUCACAGAGAAGCGGGCCUUUUCUGUGGUGGUGCUCCAACUUGGGAAUUUUCUCCCCAAGGAUAUAGAUCUGGUGGUGACAUUACAUUCUUUUUAGUGCCAGCUUCAGAUUUUCCUAUUUGCCAAGGCAUUCUAGAUAAUUUUAGUCAAAUGGUCACCUUUGUUCCUUGGAUUUAUGUUUUUAAUAGUUCUCACUUUUUGUACAUUGCCCUGGAACCUCCCACUGAAGAGAAGUUAAAUAUUUUAAAUCAAUAAAUACUGUACAAUUUUCAUUCUCUGAUAGAUUAUCUAAUGUUAAGAGAUACCAAACCAACUCAUUAGGAUGAAUUUCUCUGAGAGUGUUGCAGAACUGUGAACUAGUUUAAAGGAAUAGUCAUAACACAAAGGAAUUUAUUCUGUACCAUGUCAGUUCCAUCUCAGUGUGACCUACUUCUUAGUAGAUGUACGCUAGAUAAAAGUGAUUUUUGACAAAUUAUACAUCUCAGUUGUAAAUGAUUCUCUAAUUGUGACACAGAUCAGUAUGCACCCAGUGGGUUAAGUAGUAACACAGUGGACUCAAACAUUACCCAGAUGCCCGAGUCCUGGCUCAUCUUCUUCCCAUCAGCCUGCAUGUUCCACAUCAAACAGCAAGGUGCCCAUACCUGCAGCAUGAUAUUCAGUGGGCUCAUGUCUUCCUAUGUAAUCUGAUAUGUAAUUACAUAGGUAAGCCAAACAGUUAGGGUUAGACACUGCCUACAGUUUUUAUGUGACAAGUGUUUCUCUUAUCAGUGCUUUCGACUGCUUUUGGCUUAAGAGGACUGUGAUGAUCCUGUAUUAGUGUAAAUAGGGUAAGUGCUGUUUGAAUAGAAGAUACAUGG